UUUGUUUUUUCUUCUUCAUAUUUAUACCUUAUGUACCUAGCUAUAUCCGACACCGACCGAAUUGCAGCAGCAGGAAGCCUUUUGUCAAAAGCACUGGAUCCUGUCGGGAUAUCUGACCGUGCAACAAUAAUUGCAUGCACAUUAAUCCUUGGUACCACAUAACUUCUAGUUAUAUACGCAUGUCUCAACAUCUCUUACCCGCCAAUUCGAGCAAAGAAUCUUCCGCUUACAACACUCAUGUAUCUCUCUGGCAUCAUCUGGUAUAUAGGCGACAUGGUCACAAAUGGCCAUAUUAAUGCUGUUGGAUUUUGGCAGAAUUGCAAGCUGUGGGUGAUCUGGGUAAGGGCAUUCUUCGUAUGUUCCUAUGCUGCUGCCAUACUUAUGCGCGCCUAUACGAUAGAUCUCAUCUUUGCUCAAGGGAAGAAAGAUCGGGGACUGCCAUUUUACAUACCGAUGGCAGCAUUAUUUACUAUCAUAUUCGUAAUCUGUACCAGCGCACAUGCUGCUGGUGGUGAGUCACCAGUUCAUUUUAUCUCACGUGUACAAAUGUGCAGUAUCUCAUUGUACUUUCUCUAUAUCGGAAUGGCAUUCGUCUGGAUAUCGUUGACCGCCUGUAGAUUUAUAAUCUGGCGUCUUCGUGAAAUUUACUCAUUGUUUAGCGAGAUCGGCGAGUUCUUAAUAAUCCUGUUCCUGGGAAUAUCUAAUAUCCUACACACGGCUCUGUUCACAAGACUUGUUCCGUAUUACCCGCUUAACAUAGGGUAUCGAGCAAUGUCAGCGAUUAUUGAUACAUGCAUCACAAAUAUUUCAGUAUGGAUUAUACUUUUCACACCAGUGUUUAGGAGUAUAUUCUACCGGCGAGUGUACUUGGAAGACUGGCUACUGCAGCUAGAGAGUGACAGGAUAGCGUCAGUAUACAAAAAAGUUGAUGAAUACUCGGAAUCUGUCAGUGUAAGAUUCUCGCACCAAGACGAUACAGCAGACGAGAAAGAACUUCCAGCUCAGCCAGGAGAGCUUGAGCUAGGCGGCCAGCUGAACAUCCAGUCUGACUUACCAAGUAGAUGCACUGAGCGAGGAACUCCUAGCCACCCUAUAAAGUUUCAUGCUAUCACCAGUAGAUUACCACAAUAAAUGCAUCUUGGCUUAUAUUUCUCAGCUAAGAAAUGUGAUAUAGAAUACGCUCUGAACAUCCAUAAGAACCUUGUAUAUCGUCA